ACUUAGCAGGCACACGCCUUAACCACUCGGCCAAAGCGACUUCUUUGUAUUUAAAACCAUUUAAACAUUUAAGUACCCGAUCAUAGCCUCAGAUCGCAAAGGUGUGCUCAGAAAUGGAGUUUCUUCGACGGCUGGAAAUCCAUAUUUUUCUGGAACUGUUUUUUUUCAGGAAAAAUGGCGACGGGGCAGGCGGUUGUGGGGAGCUUGACGGCCGCGGAAAGAGGGGUUCUGGCCGCCAUCAACACUGGUGCCUCCAGUCUCUCGCUUGUGGGUUCUGCUUUCAUAGUCCUCUGCUACUUACUCUUCAAAGACCUCCGCAAGUUCUCCUUCAAGCUUGUCUUCUUCCUCGCUCUCUCUGAUAUGUUCUGCAGUUUCUUCAGCAUCAUUGGGGAUCCUUCUAAAGGAUACUUUUGUUAUGCUCAGGGUUACACAACACAUUUCUUUUGUGUUGCUUCUUUUCUAUGGACAACGACAAUCGCUUUCACUUUGCACAGAACAGUUGUUAGACAUAAAACUGAUGUGGAGGAUUUAGAGCCAAUGUUUCAUCUGUAUGUCUGGGGGACUUCAGUUGUUAUGACAGUAAUUCGCUCCAUUGGCAAUGAUCAUGGUCAUAUAAGCCGCUUAGGAGCAUGGUGUUGGGCACAAACAGGACGCACAGGAAAGGCAACUUUCUUCCGAGUUGGACAGGUGGUUCAUUUUAUCACAUUUUAUGCACCUCUGUGGGGCGCAAUUCUGUUCAAUGGCAUUACCUAUUUUCAAGUGAUUCGCAUGUUGAACAACGCUACUCGUAUGGCUGUAGGAAUGUCUGAUAGGGCAUAUCAAUCAGAUGCACGGCCAGAUAUGAGGGUAGAUUCUGUUCAUAUUGCUCUAAACCGAUGGGGGUACUACCCACUUAUUCUAAUUGGAUCUUGGUUUUUUGGCACAAUCAACCGUAUACAUGACUUCAUCGAACCUGGUCAUAAGAUCUUUUGGCUUUCUGUUCUUGAUGUUGGCAUGGCUGCACUUAUGGGCCUCUUCAACUCGAUUGCAUAUGGACUCAACUCAUCAGUGCGGAGGGCAAUUUAUGAAAGAUUGGAUCUGUUACCUGAAAGUGUAAGAAGUUUUAUCCCAAAGAAUUUGAGGCCCAGAGGCCAGCAGCAAGAGCAAAGCGAACUAGUUAUAUUGAAAAUUGAUGACCAGCGAUAGCAGUUGAGUUGUUCGACUUUUUCCCGUGCACAUUUUUGAAGUCACUAUUCUAUUCUUUUGCUGACAAUAGAUGCUCCGAAAUUAUAUAGGAGUCGUGCUACUACUCUUGAAUUUUGAAUGGGAUAACGGUUAUUUCCCUGUGUCCCAGGCUUUUUGAUUGUACUGAUACUGUAAACAGGACAGUCUUUUGAAAUUUUACAUGUUGUGAGGCCAGUUAUUAGCUGUGAAAGAUAUUGAAUUUAUGUUGUUGGAUUUUAUUUACUUGUGUGAAUUUCCAGUUAUUGUGAAG